UUAUUAUUUUCCCAACUGAGUUCGGACAUAGUAAGCGUACAUAGGGUUUGUUAGUCUUGAGGAACAUGCGGGCGUGGUGGACGGUAUUGACUAUCACGGCUUGGAUGGUUCUGUUAGAGAUAAGCGAGAUAAAGAGCAAAGAGAGCUGCUAUUAUGUGACGUUUACCUAUGCUAAUUGGACAGAUGACAGACCUCGAUUUGUGGUGAACAUGACUUUCUCGAACCAAACUGGCAUCGGCUCCGUCACCACCAUUAACGAGGAGAUAGCUUCACCUGUCUCUCGCAUCCUGAUCCUCCAGCACUCCGCCCGAGAGAAACCUCGCACCAUCUAUAACGCCUCCACCAAGCUUUGCGACCUCCAGAACGUCUUCAACUCGGUGCCGCUCUUCAAGCCGGCCAAGGACAACAUGCUCAAGCAAAGUAACUACACGCUGAGCUGUCCGCUGGUCAAAGGCACCUACGCAAUGAACAACAUGCGGGUUAGCCCGAAGAACCCCCUUUUGAGUCUUCUGUACCAACCCAAGCGCUCCUUCUCAGUGAAGGGCGGAUUGUUCGAGGAGCCGACGCGGGGCGGGCGGCUGAGGCCGUUGUCCACAUAUUUCAUGGCAGGAAAGGUUGUAAAAAAGUCCUGUGGAUCCAACGAAUGAGUGGUAAAAAUAAAAAAGCGCAUCUAAAACUGUAUUUUUCGGACAGCUUAUUAGUAUACCACAAAAUGUUGACUUCCUAGUAAAGUAUGCCACACUUUUAAAAUUCA